AUGGUUUACCAGGGUGUGGCUGCUAUGCAUGCUACCACUUCUUGGAGGCCCAGGUUUCUAAUCGUUCUGGGGUGCUUAAUCUUGGCAGUCCUGACCACAUUCAAGGAGUACGAGACCGUUUCAGGAGAUUGGCUGCUUCUAUUGGAAACAUUUGCUAUUUUCAUCUUUGGAGCUGAAUUUGCCUUGAGGAUCUGGGCUGCAGGAUGUUGUUGCAGGUACAAAGGAUGGAGGGGGAGACUAAAGUUUGCAAGGAAACCCCUGUGCAUGCUAGACAUCUUUGUGCUGAUUGCUUCAGUGCCAGUGGUUGCUGUUGGAAACCAAGGCAAUGUUCUAGCCACCUCGCUCCGGAGUUUACGGUUCCUACAGAUUUUGCGCAUGCUACGCAUGGACAGAAGGGGUGGUACCUGGAAACUCCUGGGUUCUGCAAUUUGUGCCCACAGCAAAGAACUCAUCACUGCCUGGUACAUUGGAUUCCUGACGCUGAUCCUUUCCUCAUUUCUUGUCUACCUGGUAGAGAAAGAUGUGCCUGAGAUUGAUGCUCAAGGAGUGGAAAUGAAAGAGGAGUUUGAGACCUAUGCUGAUGCUCUCUGGUGGGGCCUGAUUACUUUGGCAACCAUUGGCUAUGGAGACAAGACCCCUAAAACCUGGGAAGGCCGUCUGAUUGCAGCCACCUUUUCCCUAAUUGGAGUUUCGUUUUUUGCUCUUCCAGCUGGAAUUCUUGGAUCAGGGCUGGCUCUCAAGGUACAAGAACAACAUCGACAGAAACAUUUUGAGAAAAGAAGGAAACCAGCUGCUGAACUCAUACAGGCUGCCUGGAGGUAUUAUGCAACUAAUCCCAACAGGAUUGAUCUUGUAGCUACCUGGAGAUUUUAUGAAUCCAUUGUUUCUUUUCCAUAUUUCAGAAAAGAGCAGUUGGAGGCAGCAGCCAGCCAAAAGAUGGGUCUCUUGGAUCGGGUUCGACUUUCUAAUCCUCGUGGUACCAAUACUAAAGGAAAGCUAUUUACCCCUCUGAAUGUAGAUGCCAUAGAAGAAAGCCCUUCUAAAGAGUCAAAGAAUGUUGGCUUGAACAAUAAGGAACGUUUUCGGACUGCAUUCCGAAUGAAAGCGUACGCUUUUUGGCAGAGCUCUGAAGAUGCUGGGACAGGAGAACCCAUGGCUGAAGAACGAGGCUACAGUAAUGAAUUCCUCAUAGAAGACAUGAUCCCCACCCUCAAAUCCGCCAUCAGAGCAGUCAGAAAUGAUCCGUAUGUAGCCAAAGCAUCCUCAUCAGAAAUCGAAGACCAAAGCAUGAUGGGGAAAUUCGUCAAAGUUGAAAGACAGGUUCAUGACAUGGGGAAGAAACUGGAUUUUCUCGUUGACAUGCACAUGCAGCACAUGGAACAGCUCCAGGUACAAGUUACAGAAUACUACCCAACCAAAAAAGCCACUGCUACCCCUGCGGAGGCCGAGAAGAAAGACGAGAACAAGUAUUCUGAACUGAAAACCAUUAUCUACAACUAUUCUGAACCCUGCACCCAUGAAAGUCCCUACAGCUUCCACCAGGUCCCUGUCAACAAAGUCAGCCCCUAUGCUUUCUUUGCACAUGACCCAGUGAGCUUGUCUCGAGGUGGAGGAGGAGGAGGAGGAGGGCCACCAUCAGAGAAGGAGAAGCUCCCGAGGACUCUCCCUUCCUCGGUCCCCUAUGCAGAAAGACCCACCGUCUUGCCUAUCCUCACUCUCCUAGACUCUCGGGUGAGCUACCACUCCCAAGCUGAGCUACACAGCCCCUACCAGGACCGAAUCUCACCCAGGCAGAGACGGAGCUUCACCAGGGAUAGUGAUACCCCAUUAUCUCUUCUCUCUGUCAACCACGAGGAACUAGAACGCUCACCCAGUGGCUUCAGCAUCUCCCAGGACAGAGAUGAUUACCUUUUCGGCCCAAACGGGGGCUCGAGUUGGAUGAGGGAGAAGCGUUACCUGGCCGAGGGAGAGACUGACACAGACACAGACCCCUUUACCCCAAGUGGCUCCAUGCCUCUGUCUUCAACAGGGGAUGGGAUUUCAGAUUCCGUAUGGACUCCUUCCAACAAGCCAGUUUAA